UCGGAACAGCACAGUAGUUUCUGAUUUUCAUCUGCGCUGCCAGUCUCCUGCGGGCUUAUCGAGAAAAUAAAGCCGUUUGCCUGAAACAGAAAAGUGCAUGAAGGAACUUUAGGACAAUGAUGGAGGCCUGGCUAACAGUGGCCUGGGUCCUGCUAAUGACCAACAUUGCUGAUUGGCUGAAAACUGUCCAGUCACGGGAUUUCACCAUGACGGACAUCAUCCUGCUGCAUCCCUCAACUACACCUCAUCCUGGUGGCUUUAAGUGCUUCACGUGUGAAGACGCUGCAGAUAACUAUGAGUGUAAUCGCUGGGCACCGGAUGUUUACUGUCCAAAAGAUGCCAGAUACUGUCACACACUCCACAUGAUGGAUAACCAUGGCGACAGUGUGUCUGUGACAAAGCGCUGUGCGACCCUGAAGGACUGUCUGUUUACCGGCUGUGCUGAUGUCACCGAUAAUGGCUAUCAGAUGUGCUCAUCCUGCUGUGAGGGGAACAUCUGUAACAUGUUGGCGCCAAGGAAUGCGAGCAACGCCAUUUUCUCCUCGACUUCUCCCCUGGCCAGCUCGAGCAGAGGGUUUCUUCCUGCAAAGCUGAGCUACAUCAUCAUCGGCAUCUUUACAACUGGACAUGUUUGAUAGGGAAACUGCAUCUGUGAGACAUAUGCAUAUCAGACCCAACUUUAUAAAGGACACUUUUUGUGAAACUGAAAAAUUUGCUAAAGGUGAAGAACAAUAAUAAAUGUAUUUCCUAAUCUCAUGGUAUUUUUUUUACAAGCCUGGUAUAUUUAGCAUCUGGGUUUCAUGUUUAUUUUAUUUAUUUUAUAGGAUGUCUGAACGAAUAAAAGACUGAAAACCUGUGUCCAGGACUGUCACUACUGCACCAUGUUUCCUUCAAAUUAGGUUUCCUUCCUCCUCAGGCAAUUUUACAAUUUGUUGAAGCUUUUUUAAUUUAUUUAAGCUAAGUUUUUUAAGUUGUAUUAAUGUGACUGUGUUGUUUAACAAUGUCAAUGUGUAUUUCUUUUUAGGUUUUGUCAAUAUUAAAUUGCUUGUGAUUCAA